AUGAGCAUCGUCGACGUGCUCGAGGUCAAGUACGUGUCGGAGAACCCGAGCGCCUUCGACGCGCCGCUGCGCUUCGAGGUGACCUUCGAGUGCCUCGACUCGCUCGAGGACGACCUCGAGUGGAAGAUCGUCUACGUCGGGUCCGCCGAGGACCAGGGGAGGGACCAGGUGCUCGAGGAGGUCAUGGUGGGCCCCGUGCCCCUGGGCACGUCCAAGUUCGUCCUCGAGGCGCCGCCGCCGAGCUUCGCAGAAAUUCCGCGCGGCGACCGCCUCGGCGUGACCGUCGUGUCGAUCACGUGCGCGUACCUCGACCAGCCCUUCGUGUCCGUGGGCUACUACGUGAACAACGAGUACUUCGCGCCGGGCGCGGGGCCCCGCGAGGGCGGCGCGGCCGUGCCGCCGGAGGACGCGCCGCCGGACUUUGGGGCGGAGCGGGUCUUCCGGAACCUCUGCGCGGACCAGCCCCGCGUGACGCGCUACGCGAUCAAGUGGGCGCCCCAGCCC